GGAACCUAUAAGACCGCAGCCCCUUGGGCGGGGACCGGAGCUUCGGCGCGUGGGUAGGAAGCGGCCGCGGCGGCUGUUGAGGGAGGAAAAUGGCGGCUGCCGCCGCCGCCGCGCAGCUUACCGACGAGGAGCUUUUCUCCGAGCUGAGGCGACUCGGCUUCUCGCCGGGGCCCGUCACCGAGAGCACACGGCCCGUCUACCUGAAGAAGCUCAAGAAGCUCCGCGAGGAAGAGCGAGCUGGCGGGGCCCGAGCCGCCGCCGCCGCCGCCGCCAGCAAGACCCGGAACAGUAACAACAAUAACCCCGGGGCAGGCGGCGGUUUGGCGUCUCGGCUGGCCAGCGCCGACCUCUCCUCCUCCUCCUCCCUGUCGGGGGCGGCCGGCGGCGGCGGCGUCCGGGCCCGCGGCGGCGGCGGCGGCGGCAAAGUGCUGCUGGGCUUCAGCUCUGACGAGUCGGAUGCGGAGGCCGGUCCCCGGGGCCCGGCUGGCGCCGCGGGCAGCCGGCGGGAGCGGGGCUCAGCCUCCCGGAGGGACGCGAGGCCUGCGGCGGCGGCGGCGGCGGCAGCCGUGGGCACUGGCUGCCUCCCCAGCAGCGCGGCGGCGCCGCCUCUUCGGAGGAAGCCCCAUGCCUGGUGGGGGGCGACGGCCAGGCGGGCGGCUGGAGCUCGGGAGCAGAUUCCGGGCGGCGGAGAGGACGACGACGACGGGGAGGAGGACGACGAGGAAGCAGCCGCCGCCGCCGCCGUCGAAGACGAGCCCCAGGAGGAGCAGCCGCAGCAGCAGGAGCGCUCCAAGAACCGCGCCGUGAACGGGAGCCGGUUCCUCUCCAGCAGGAGGGACAAGUACUCGGACUCGGAGGAAGAAGAGGCGGCGGCGGCGGUUGCGACGGGGGCCAAGCAGCAGGUGCUGAGAGAGGAGGCGCUUGCCCGCCACUACCUGGCCCGAAGGAGCCUUAACAGACCUGCCUCGCCGUUCUCGGGCCAGGCAGGUGCAGCAGGGGGCUUGAUGGAGACUGGCCAGGGUGUUGGUAGUGGCCGUGCAUUGAAUGUUAGGGUGGCUGCUCCUGGCAGGAGCAGUGACAGGGGGAGAAGUCGAGAGGAAGACGAGGAGGAAGAAGAGGAGGAGGUCGACCUGGCGAAAAGGGGCGGGUAUCUGGACUCCAGUCCGCCUCUCCUCCCCAGGUACCGCGGCGGUGGUGGCUCUGCGAGGAAAGCCCACCAGCAGCUGUUUCUUCCGCCGCUGCUCAGCGGCUUGGACAGUAGUAGCAAAAUGACUGAUUCCUUGGGCGGGGACAGGAAACCAGCCAACAAUCAUAUCCUCACUGGUGGCUACAAUGUGGAACCUAGGAUAUAUACUGCUACCACCAGCCUCUCUCCAGGUGCUACCACUUCCUCGUCCACUAGAAUCAAUCACUCCAACCACACAGGUUCAAAUCACACUUAUCCGAAAAACACCUACAAGCAGAAGGUUUCGGAGCCCGAGGAGGAUCUUCUGCAGCAGUUCAAGAGAGAAGAAGUAUCCACCACAGGAGGCUUCAGUGCCCAUUACCUGUCUAUGUUCCUCUUAACUGCUGCAUGCUUGUUCUUUCUGAUAUUGGGGCUCACGUACCUAAGAAUGAGAGGUUCGGGAAUAACUGAGGAUGUGGGAAUUGACAGUAAGUAUUGGGAAACGGGGCAGAAGCCCUUUGUUCCACUUAAUGACGUAAAUAAAUGCGUGAAGUAUGUCACAUAAGGGAUCCAGAACCUUGAUUUGCUGCUUUGUUUUCUGUCAACCCUAACAACUGCUUCUGUAGACUUGUGGAUGUUUUUGCUUACGGAGUGGAACGAGAAACAACUUUUGGGCAAACCACAGAGACCUCUCUGUUCCUUAAUUCAAUAGCCUUUAUGUAGAUUUUGUUUCCUCUUAACUUCUUGCCAUUAAUUUUGUUAGAACGUCUCAAACUUUUAAGGAUAUGUCCUUAGAGAUGGAUUGGGGUCAUUGGCCAGGAGUUGGUGCACUUGACUAUCUUUUUCUUCUUCUCAGAACAGAAUAAUUACUGCUGUGCCUCUUAGAUUUAAAAAUGGGAAUCUUAUUCUAAGCUUGUGAUUUGCAGCUGUUGUGCUCGUGGGGUGAAUCAGAUUUUAAAUGAUGUUUGAAACUCAGAUACUCAUCCAUCUAAUUUUUAUUCUGUAGGAAAGCACCCCACACAUGAGAAAAUUCAGACACAGGAGAUGCUUCUGUUUAAAAAUGAAUGAGUUGCAUAGGGUAAAUUCAUUCUGAUGCACAUGUUGUAUAUUUAAUUCCUACAUGAAAAUCUUAUUUAGGUAUUUAUAACAUGUGAGUGACACCUGUGUUUAAAUUUAAUUUAAAUUCUAAAUUUAAAUUUAGGAUUUACUCUUAGGAUUCUGGAAAAAAAAUACUAAUUGUCAGUGACUCAAAGUUGGCUUAGUUACAGUGGGUUCUGACAGUUGGAAGGAACAGUGGGAGGAAAAAGCAGGUGUUUGAGUUCAGCUUGGGGGGGAUAGGGUAGUGGGAGAUCUUGAGCAGGAAAAAAUAAUUAGUUUAAAGUGGUUUUAAUAAGAUGAUUGUCUUGUUUAAGGCAUAAAAACCUUGGAUUUAAUAAGCUGUGCAGAAAAAAGGGGAGCUUAAAGGCCCCCUGAAAAUCUGGCAUACAUACACUUUUUGCUAAGCAAAUCAGCACCUUUAAAUGAUUUCCUGUAACUUGCGGUUCAUUGACACAGUCACAAGGCUAGUUUUAGAAGAUCUUUCCAUCUUAAUGCUGUGUUUUUGUUGGUUUACUCUUGGCAUCUUCAUGGUGACCUGGUUUUCAUGUCACCCUAAGCCAAACCAUAGCUUAGCAUAAACACACAGGUCCCAGGACACAGAUUUGUGCCUGCUUUACUCCUCCCUAGUCACUCUGCUGCUUAUGCUAAGUCAGCGCUUGACUUAGCAUGUGGUCCUGGGUUUGUGGUUUAACUGUCUCCAUACUAACCAUUAGAUGUAACCCAAAUUUGUCCCAUGGUUUGUGGCUCAUUGUUUGUUUGGAAGAGCUAAACUGUGAGCCUGGGUUCAGACAACAUGCUAAAUCAAGCUAUGGCUUAGUGUAACACAGCAGCCGGAACCACUGGGGAGGUCAUGCUGUUCUCUGGAAACUUGCACACUCACAUUUGGACUGAGCCAUGGUUUGGUUUGGUUUGGUUUGGUUUGGUUUGGUGUAGUGUACUGUACUGUAAUGUAGUAUAGUGUAGUGUGCUGUAUGAUGUAUGAACCAGGCCAGUGUUGUCCUGCUGGUAAAGAUGGAAAAACAGAAUAUGAUGGUUCCCCCAAUGGUAGUUUUGUGAUUUAUGAAAACCUUCUUACUAGGAAAACAUGGAUAAAAGACUUAUUUCAUACCUGGAAGCUGCAGUCUUCCUUGGUUUAUUUAAUCAGGCAAAGUGCUUCUUGCAUACAUUUGAAUCCUUCUAGCUCAGGUGGAUGUGUUCAUUUUUAUUAAUCCAUAAUUGCCUGCCUGAAGUACUGUUUGUACAAAAAAAACUUGAUGAAUUCUAAAAACUAGGUAGAUAAGUAAUAUGUUAUCAGAAUUCUGAAAUUGUGCUGCUGUAUGAUGAGGUUCAAAAGUCAAAAAGUACAUGCUACUGUUUUUAUUGGCCUGGUUUUUGUGUUGCUUCAUAUGCCAUAUAGAUAACAUGUGAAGUAGCACCCAAGACUUGAAAUGGUUGGAAACAGCAGCCAUAUAAAGAGAGAGAAAUUGGUGCCAAAUCAUAAUAUUUCCCCAGAGUUCUUGUGCCUCAAGCUAUAUUCCUAGUGGUUUGGUGAUAUGCUUGGCUUUUGAAUCUCAAGCCUCCAGAUUGCGUGCACACACAUUCACCUGGUGGUUUUGGCAAGUGGGUACUGCAUAUUGAGUCAUCUUGGCCCUUUCCUUAUUAAUAUGCUAUAUAUCUGCUAAUUACAAUUUAUAUUUGCUUCUAAAGUUCUCUGUGGAUGUAAUCUUACCAUCUCUGAGAGAGUGUAUCAAGGGCCAUACAAUAGAUAGCACUGAUACUGAAGGCAGAGAUCUGGACAGGGGCAUCUCAUAUGAGCCUCUAUCUUUGCUGCUGGCUUUAGUGCCCUGCUUGAACUAAUGUCAGAGCUCCAGCAUCUGUAGGGCCAAAAGAGGGACAUGUCUGGAGCCUCCCGUGAAGCAGCUUGGAGCUGAAGUAUUCAAAGCUGCCCCAGUCCCAUGACACUCCAAACCAGGGAGAGGAAGUUUAGACAUGUUUCUAAGCAUGUCUGAUGAAGCAAAAUGUCCUUUAAAGAGUUGGAAUGUGUAUAAUUCUAGCAAGGCUCAGGUGAGGAGAACAGACAAAUGUGUCUUGUCGCCUAUUUCUCAAUAUGUGUAAUAACUGUAAGCUUAGGGGUUUUUUGGGGUGUGUGAAAUUGAAUAGUUAGAGGUUUUGUGCAGCAGCUUCUGAACAAGUGGAUCUUGAAAACUGAAAUUUUUAUCAAAACUGCAUACUUUUUCAGGUGGGCAAGAAUGUUUAUUGUGUUUCUGAAACUGAGGUCCAGCCAACAAAGUUGUGGAGGAGCUGUAGCUCCUGGGUGCUGCACAUGCUUUCGUACGCAGAAUUUCCCAAGUUCAAUCCUUGGUAUCUCCAGGUGUGACUGAGAAAGGCCAUAUCUGAAAUCCUGGAGAGCUAAUGUUAGUAACCGGGGACAGUGCUAAGCUGGAUAGAAUAGUGGUGAGACCCAGUCAAGGCAGAUGCUUGCCCUACAGCUCCCACAGUCCCUGACAUUGCUGACAGGCACUAAUAGGAAUUGGAAUCCAACAACGUCUGGAGGGUCACAGGUAGGCCACCCCUACCUACUCUGCUGCAUGUGCCUACAGAGUGUGGAAAUGUUGUUGUUGGUACAUAAAGUGGACUUACGCUGCAUAUAGCAACAUGCUCCUCUGUGACAUGGGACUAGUGAUCUUGGCAGCAGCCCUGUGAUUCUUAACAAUAGCUACGUUGAGGUACAACGUAUAUGAUCCUCCAAGCAACUUUCUGUUGCUUGAUUUAAAAGGUUUGUUAAAGGUAAAAGUUUCUGUGAGUGGUUAGAAACCUGACUGCCACUGCAGGCUUUCAAAAUAGGGCUGGAAUGUUCUUGAGCAGGAAGCUAUGUGAUGUAAUCUUGUUUUCAGGGACUUGGUACAGGGGAAAAAAAUGGCUGCCCCAGGCAUAAACUUUUUCUUUUUAAAAGCCAACUACCUUGUAACUGCAAGUUGACUAACUGCUUCCCUCACUUACCUCAAAGUCAAAUAAGCUUUGUUCCCCCCAAUUAUAUUUGUUAUUUUAUUUCAUAAAAUCUAUGCACUGCUUGAUUGUAAAAAAACACACACACCCUCAAACUGGUUCACAAAAAAGUUAAACCAGUAGGAUUAUCAAUAAGAGGAAUUAACAACAAUUUAAGACUUUCAAAAGUUAAGAUAAUAAAGCAUAAUAAAACUUGCACCAACUUUCUAAGUAUCUGGGCAAGCAAAUGUUUCCAGCGGGCACUGAAAAGAGUACAGUAAAUUCACAUGGCAUCUGCCAGAUAUCCAUAGGCAGGGAGUUUCAAAGUGUAGGUGCUGACACUAUAAAAGAUCAAGUUCUUACAAAUGCAGAAAGGGUAUUAUGUGCACCUGUAACAGUGCUGGUUCCGCUGUUUGAAGUGGUUGAGUGGGUGUAUAUUUAUUUAUUUACAGUGGUACCUCGAAUUACAUACGCUUCAGGUUACAGACGCUUCAGGUUACAGACUCCGCUAACCCAGAAAUAGUACCUCGGGUUAAGAACUUUGCUUCAGGAUGAGAACAGAAAUCAUGCUCCGGCGGCGCGGCGGCAGCAGGAGGCCCCAUUAGCUAAAGUGGUACCUCAGGUUAAGAACAGUUUCAGGUUAAGAACGGACCUCCAGAACGAAUUAAAUACUUAACCCGAGGUACCACUGUAUAGCAUUUGUACCCCACUCUUCAGUCAAAAAGGGUCCCAGAGUGGCUGACAAGAAAUCAAAACAAGCCAUUCCCUAUCUGCAGGCUGCCACUCUAAUAAAAGGAAGGCAUAUCCCUGAAAGCUCCCCUAGUCCCAGGCUGGGAAGAAAAAUUCAGCAACGGUGGUGGUGGUAGGGAUUUCUGUCCAGCUCUACUUAAAAGCUGGGCAGGCUUUUCCACAACCUGGUCAGAGAACAGUUGGCCAUACCAAUAGUUGGAAUUGUGCCUGAAAUGAACCAAUAGCUGGUGAACUUAGUGCAGGGGUGUGUGUGUCAAAUGCUCUCUCAAACUGGUUUCAUACCGUAACCUGGUUGUAGCCAGUGUUAGAAACUCAGAUAUAUAAGAUAGGCACCAAAUGGCUCCUUAAGCCAGGGUUACAGUCACCAAACUGGAAUGUCUCAUUGCCAUUUUGGGGCCAGAUGUCGUAUUUUUCAAUAUGACUUUUUGGUUCCUGAAAUUCAUUCUAAUUGUGCAGAUAAAAUUUUAAAGGAUGUGUUGUUAGUGUGUGAAAACAGGCAGGAUUUAAGGAUUUCCAGGAAUGCACCUCCAGAUAGUGGAGACAUCAGGCGCCAUCCUGGUGUCCGGACAUCUUCACUUGCUUUCAUGUGGCCAAUAGCCAGGUGCAAAAAGUGCAUAGGGAGUGGCGAAUUUCUAAUGAUGGUUGCAGCAUUUUGCAGCAGCUGAAUCUCAUAUACACAAUUUCUUCACCUGCUAUAUUAUCCUCACAACAUCCUUAUGCAGUAGGUUAUGCUGAGAAGAACAACCAUCUCAGUGAAUUUCAUGGCUCAUUGGGAAUUCUAACCUGGGUCUCAUUGGUCCUGGUCUGACACUGAAACCAUUCCAUGACAUGCUUAAAAUAUCUUACGUGUACACCUAAACAUAACGUUGGAUAAGUUUUUCUACUUUCUUCUCAAAUGUAAAUGCUUGACUUUAUGAGCACUAUCAGUGUAGUCAGCAAGAACUGUUCUGUUUCUUUUGACAAUACUUAAGUCUUCAAUUACUGUUUGAGGAUACCAAACAAAUUGGGCUGGCUGCUGAAUUGUGCUUAGUAGAGCUCUGCUGUAGAAGUGGUGGUGGUGAGACCUUUUUUGCCAAUUCCCCCUCUUCCUGCAGCCCCCUGCUCCUCCUAAAACUCUCAUCUGACAGGUUGGGGAACCCUUUGAAGGUAGCAUGAUGGGUAGCAUUGAGGAAGUGGGCAUCUGUGAAUAUUGUCUUCUUGCCCUCUUCCUAGAACAGGAAGUCUCUGCUGAAUCUCUGUGCCUUCCAUAAGCAGAAUAACUGUUUCCAUUUGUGGAACAGCCACUCUGUAUCCAACUAAAAUCUACUAAGUUGUUGAUAGCCUGCUCAAAUUCUGCAUUUUAGCUGUUUAGGAGCAAGUUCAUGCUUUCAGCAGUGACAUGCUAUGCUAGCCAAGCAAGUCAGGUGAACAACUUCCCCACUUGCUUCUAGGUGUAGUAACACUGUAAUACACAAAAUAUUGUGACAUGCAUGAUAUUGUGCUAGUUGUCACAUUGUAAUUACUGGAUUCCUUUGUAAUAUGUAUAAUAAUGUAAGCUGCAUUUAACCUAGUGGUUUUAAUUUUUGCAACAUUUAAGAUAUUGGUAUUGAAAUGGUAUUAAGUAAAUUUCUUUUUCCCCCCUUUAAUAGAUAAAAAUCUUCUCACUGGGAUGGUUAAUAGAAACGUGAGUAUGUUCUUAGUAUCUAUGUUGAGGGCUUGUCUUUGAGCUGUAUCAUGUCCUGAUAAUUUUGAUUAAAUAGGUUAUUGACAACCUUAAAUCUUGGAUAAUCUUAAUGCAAGAGUUUUGUGUCUGCAAGCUAGAUCUCCAUUUUACUAAGAAUUUGUGUCCUAAGAAUUGUUGCCAACUAUGAGAAGUCCAGUUUGUAGGCCUCUUGAUUAUAAGGCUGUGUUUGAAUGACUUGUACACAAACCCUACACUGCAGAAAAAAAUAGUUGAAUUAGGGGGAAUCCUGUUUUGCUAGCUUAAGCACAUUAGGUUCUGAAACCAUUUACUCUGAUGGCCUUAUCAUUUCCAACCACUCACCUAGAAGUGAGGGCACUCAGUUCCUUGUAUUGCUUUGCUUUCAGAAUGCAGUAGCCUCACAAUUUUUGGCAAGGUAGAUCAGUCCCUAUAUGACAAACUACCAUCCAAACGUAACACAGCAUUUCAUAUAACUACACUCUUCUUUGAGCCAGUAUUGGAAUAGUGGCAGCUGAGAGAGAGAGAGAGAGAGAGAGAGAGAGAGAGAGACUCAUGGGAAAGUAAAUUGUUCAUUCCUUUUAAUUAGAGCAUUGUGCCUCUCCCAGCCCCUGGGUUUCCUUGCUGUUGAGUGAUGUUUCUCAGAAUUUAGGAUGGUAUACUUUUAAGUCUGUGGCACUAAAGAUGUGAAAGCCCAGGGGGCAAAAACAUAUAUUUCUCCCAAUUUUGAAGAGAACACACACUCCUAUGAAACAGUUUCUCUUUUGGAAUGAGUGAAAUUUGGAAUGUUUAGUGUGAAAAUUUCUAUUAAAGGCAUUCUGAAGCUUUAGAAACUGAUAAUUUCUAUCUAUAACAAUGCAGAAAUAUACAAUGCUUGGAUCAAAGAUGCAUUUCUGCUCCUAGGGCAUGCUGCCAUCUCCAUGAAGAACAUACAUUGCUUUUGUUUCCUGCAGCUUUCUUAGUUUGUGCAUCUCAGAAGUAGGAAAAAAUAAGAUAAUGUGCUUAGAUAGCACAGGAUGCAACCAUUUGCAACUCUGUAGUAUUUAGCAUGCUUACCAUUUUGUAAACUUAUAUAGGAUUGCUCUAUGAAUUUCAUAAGUAUGUCAUAUUUAGCAUACUUACCGCUUUGCUUGUAGAAAAUGAAGCCAUGUUUCAUAUAGCAACGUGUUACAUACAAAAAUGUAUCAUUUAUAUUGUUUGUAUUUCUAUAAUUUUGUAUUUGUGUUAUUGUAUUUGUAUUUAUCUGCUUAUUCUUGAGACACCAUGGAAGCCUUUUUGGCUGAACGGCGGCAUAUAAAUAGCAACAUAGCAACAUAACAGAUAUUAUAUUAAAGCAGCAAAGUAAGUUUUGUUUGAUAAGAAUGUAUCUAUUCAAUAUAUUUUCAUUUUUCCCAAAAUGGGGGGGGGGAAACAAUUUUGCCCCCACCGCUUCAAAAAUGUUUUGGGAAAUUGUACAUCUCUGUGUAAUCCUAUCUAGGAUAUAUGUUAUUUCCAUUAUUUCAGACUUUAUUAUAACACUUCUUAACUGGCUUAUUAAAUUUCUAGGUAAAUGAAACAAUUCUUAUGAACAGCUUAUAUAAACUACAUGAUAAGCUGGCACAAAUAGCAGGUGAGCAUUUAAAACCAAUAUUAAACUGUUGGAUUUCAAAAGAAUGCAUGUGUAAAGAUUUAUAGCAAUAAGCAAAUUGUGAAGGUGCUUUGUGAUUGCAGGUAUAAGAAUAAUUUCAUUCGUAUGGAUACAAUAAUUCUUGUAUUGAAUCAGUGCUAAUAUCACAGAUAUUAUGGUAAAAUACCUUGUCUCGACUGUUGAAAUAGGCUUAUAAAACAAGAGAGAUUUUAAAACAAGAACUUAAAUAUUGCAUUAAUCAGCAGGGGUAACUAAUUCCCUCAGAAAAAAACAUAGAAAAAGCUGUGUUGGCCCAUUAGGGGAAAAUGUAAAAGGUAAGUACGUUUAUUGGGACCAGCUAAAACAAUAUGAAAUAGUGAGCCAACUUUCAAGCUGUCCAGAACUCUUCAUCAGGCAGACAUUAAAACAAAAUUUGACAGGGCAGGGUGGAGUAAGUGAGGUUCGGGGGAGGCAAGAAAAAGCAGGGAGUGGUGUUUUUUCUGAAGUCUGCAGUUCAUAGCAAUCCUGAGCUGGAAUACAGGAGUUCCCCAAGGUUCAAGACAGAUUGCGGGUUGCAUUCAUUACUGUUGGGGCUAAAAAGCAGGAAUGGAUGUUACCCUUGUUUUUGGAAAUAUAAAAAUGAGCAGUUUUCCAGUUUUGUGUCAGGCUCUAACUGGAACACAUAAGUGACUUAGGAGGCAAAGAACAGAAAGGAGGAGUCUUUAGAUUAGCAAAACUUUGGAUUAUUUGCAUCAGUCCCCCAAGGUCUUCAAAUGGUAGAAGAUUAUCUAUGAGAGACUACUUCACUUAAAUCCAUCUUGCAUUUGGUUUUGAUUUUUCGUCAGAAAUAAAGUUAAUAAAUAAAAGUCAGCAUAGUGGUAUUCAGUUUCUUACCUGUCUUUCACCAUGAGGUCCAGGGGAGAGCCUUUACAACAACUUAAAAAUACAAGAUUGAAAAUAUUUAAGAGAGUACCUUUGCAAUAUGUGUAUCAAUAGGAACUGUACAGAAAACCUAUUUUAAGUCUGAGAAAUUUUAGAAGUGUAUAUACUGUAAUCGUUGAAGUACACAAUAUCAUUGAACUUAAAGAUUAUUAGACUUUAUUCCAUACCUGAAUAGAAUUUGACACUUAAGUUAAUCUUGAGAAUAAGCUCUAGUGAAGAAAAAGGACUCUACUUCUGUGUAUACAUGUAUAAGAUUGUACUGUCAACUGUUAGUAGAGUCAUCUAGAGAUUUAUAUACUAUUUAUCUUAUAGGAUACUUUUCUAUCAAAACAAUAUCAAAAAUAACUUACAACAUUUUCCCUCAUGUCUCCGAAGUUAGUAUUAAUAUAUCCAAAGUUUAUUUAGUCACAUAACUGUGAGAAAUACAUAAAAAUACUUUUCAUUGUACUAGGAGAUCAUGAAUGUGGCAACUCUAUCAAGAAAGGUCUUUCUCUCCAGGAGGCAGAUACAUAUUUAAAAGUAAGUAAAUGCUCAUUAUUUUAAAUAUUGCAAUUAACUUGGUAUGAAUGUUACAUUGACUUAGCUUUGUGUUCAGUUAUUCCUCUUAAAACUUAUUUUUGUCAGCAAAACAGAAGCUUCAUAGUCUAUUAAGGCACACAUAAUUUUGAAAGAAGCAGUGGUAGGUUUCUUAGCAUGUGUGAUUUAAUAGCAAAAAAAUAUUGAGUGGGAAAAUGUGGGUUUUUGGUGUUUUUUUAAAAAAGCAGGAUUCUGUUCUUGUUGGUCAAAUUACUCAUUAUAACCUAUAUAUUUAAAAUACAUUUAACGGUCCUUACCUGCUCCACUAUUGAUCAGAAAGCUCUCUAAGAAUAGGAGAAAUCCUCACUUGGAGGAUUGUAGGAGACCAUAAGCAUCAAAUUGAAAUGUUUACAUGCUUGUGUGUUUUCAGUUGAGAGCCAUGUAGCCAAACCUUGAGUGUUUUGGUCUUUAGAAUAGAGGGAUCAAGCCCCAAGCACUAUUGGUUUCUCUUCAUUACCUGAUGAGGGUUUACAUACAUUUUUCAGCAGACUGUUGUUUCUCUGCUUUGGGGUGAAUUACUGUGGUUCAGCUGACACCUCUAAGUUUUUACUUAAUAUUGUAUGGCACCAAGGAAGGAAGUGCACUCUACUCAGUUGCCUCUGAUUAGGCAAAAAACUUAAGUACCAUACCCUGCUGUUCUGGGGAGAGAAUAUUGAAGGUACGACACUUGAAUACAAGUUUUACAGGCUACCGGAGAGUAGUCAUGAGCAAAGAGUAGCACUGAGCUCACAGAUUUUAAAUUUGGAGUAGGUAUGUUGUGGGGAAGAUUCUUCUGUCAUAUUUCUUCAUAUACUGCUUGUUCUUUUUGCUCAUCUGUGUGUACCUGUGUCAUGAAGGAAGUCCUUUAGGAGUUGCCAAUCUUCUACAAAGGAGAAUUUUUUUCAGUUGAGAAGCAUGAUAGUUUGACUUUCUCUAGCUCUGGACAAUACGAAGGCUUUGGGCCUAAUCCGAUCCGCAUGAACAUGGCAAUAUUGCUAGUAGAAACAUAAGUGUUGAAUUUUGUUGCUCAUACAUAAGUAUGUGAAUGUCAUUUUCUGCAGUUUGUUAUAUAAAUAUUUAGCUGUUGUAUUCAAUAGCCCGGGAGGAAUGUUGAUGUGGUAGAGAGAGACUGACAACCAUAGAUACUCCCCCCCCCCCCAGUUAAUUAACUUCAUAAAAACUGGUUCUGCCAGAUUUUUUUGUCCAAAUUCCUGCAUAGCUACUUAUUAACUAAAUUCUUCUACUCUGAGUACAGGGAUUUGCAUUGUUGAUUAUCAGCUUAUUUCAAUAGCAUAGCAACAUCUCGGUCCUGUGUUGCCUUAUUAGACAUUUACUAGCAACAAGAAUAGUUCUAAGCUAAAUUCUCUUUGGCCCUACAGUGUUGAUACAAUACAUUUUUCCAUUGAAAUAUGCACUGUAUCACUGUUGGUUGGUGUAUAAUAUGCAGUCUGGGGCUAUUUUAAGACCUGUGUGUUUUGAGGAAAUUCAGAAAUAAGGAAGCUAAGGCCAGGGAGCUUGUGCCACCAACUCUGAAGAUACUGUCAGUUGGCCUGGGAGGUCUCUGUUGCUCUAUAUUUUAUACCGUUCAUGUGUUUUAGUGUUUUAAAGUUGUAAACUGCAUUGGGUUCUCGGGCAGAAAAACAGCAUAAACGCAGUUAAUUAAACAAUAAAUAUAUGACUUUAAAAAGCCUUACAUUAUAUGUAUAGUCUCAUUUUUCAUAGGAAAGGGGCAAUAUUGAUUUGCAUUCACGGAACGGGAAGUAAGCAAUUAAACUAGCAAUUAAAGUAUAGAGCAGGGUACAUUUUUUUUUUUAACAAAAGUAAUAGAACUAAUUUCCAUUGAAUAGUUCAAACACAGAGUAUGGCAUUUGUGUGUUCUAACAUGCUUGAAAAUGGAUUUAAUACUUCGAAGAUUAAAAAUGGGUAAAUGCAUUGUCAUUCUAAUGCACUGUAAUACUUUCAGUAGUUUGUACAUGUAGACUUGCAAGCAGCACAUCCCAGUGCAAAUGAUCUGAUUGUGUUGAGAACUGGGGCAAUUUUCCUGUUUCUCUCCCCAAGUAGUAGCAGAUUGGAAGAGCAUUGGUUGCAACCAGGCACAAAUAUGUGUUCAAAGGUGCAAAGGAAUGGUUUUUUAAACGGUAUUUUGCAUCCACCGGAAAAAAAUUAUAGCAAAAAAAUCAAACUUCACAGAAAUUAGCAGAGCACUAGUAUUACUUUUAAAAUGCAUAUAUUUGUAAAAGAUCUCUAGAUGCUAAACUGUUACCAGUCUAGACAUUUUAUAGCUUUGUAUCCUUGUACUACAAUGUAAAAUAAUCUGUUUACUACAUUUUAUUCUGCUAUUAGUUUUUCUGUUCCUCUUUGUGAAAUACUCAUGGCUGCUGCCAUUUGUGACUACCGUGUUGAUUCAUUGAUGUAGUUGAUUUGGUAAAAAAGCCAGGAAAUACGGUUGCAUUUUAUUGCACAGCUAUUAUUAGCAUUUAAAUAUUACUCAAUGCUAAACACAGAAUCAAAAUAGGCAGAAUGGCUUUUGAUCCUAUCAGUAAGGCAAGGGAAUGGAAAGGGCAGGGAGAAAGCACAUUUAGAGUCAAAGUCUGGUUGCUUGACGAAUGUCAAAAAUUUGUUCAAAAGUGAGGGCAUGGCUGCAUCUCCAGCUGCAUCAGACAGCGGCCUGGUAAAAUUGUCAUAGUGUAUUGGAUGCUAUUGCUGGGGUUUGAAAGGGUGGUGCAAGCAAAUACUUCAUUUAAUUUUCCUGCACUUGAUAGACAAGUUCUGACUAUAAACCACAGAAUUUAAUAUUGAUAAACCAAGCUGAAUAAAAUGUGGUUGGCUUUGCAUGUUCCAGAUGUUGAGGAAGGAAUUGAUGGUUGAGGAAGAAUUUAUAUAUAAAAAUGUGGUGGUGGUGGUGUUCCUUUUUAUUACAUAAAAAUGCUUUGGAUGAUAUUGUCACAUUUUUGUAGCAUUUAUUUUUGGAAUUUCUCGUGCAACAACUCCUGCCAUUGAACCUUUUGCUUUGUUGUUUUUUGUUUCUCUUUAGAGUUUAGGUCCAGAAUACGAAGGUGUAUCUAAUGAAUCCCUGCAAUGGAUUCUAAAUAGUGGAGAAGAUGUUGGCAUAAAGUAAGUCAUUUUAUUUUGUAGUCUGCUUUCACACGGAAGCCUAGUUCAGGCAACUUUUUAAAUAAUGGUUUGGUAUUAUGAACAAGGGACGCGGGUGGCGGUGUGGGUUAAACCACAGAGCCUAGGACUUGCCAAUCAGAAGGUCGGCAGUUCGAAGACCCGCGACGGGGUGAGCUCCCGUUGCUCGGUCCCUGCUCCUGCCAAUCUAGCAGUUCGAAAGCACGUCAAAGUGCAAGUAGAUAAAUAGGUACUGCUCCGGUGGGAAGGUAAACGGUGUUUCUGUGCACUGCUCUGGUUUGCCAGAAGCGGCUGUCAUGCUGGCCACAUGACCCGGAAGCUGUCUGCGGACAAACACCGGCUCCCGCGGCCUAUAGAGUGAGAUGAGUGCGCAACCCCAGAGUCAGUCACGACUGGACCUAAUGGUCAGGGGUCCCUUUACCUUUAUUAUGAACAAACGCAGGAUCCAUAUUGCUCCCUGCCUCCCCUCAAAAAUUGGUGCACUUGCCCUCCAAAGCAGAAUAAUGAGGUUUCUGAUUGGGUGAGGGUGGGGAUGAAUGAUAAGCAUAGGUUGCUGAUUUGGUUGUUACAACAAUGUAUACUUAGUAUAAAACAAGAAAUGGAGGGGAAACCACAGAAGAAAGGAGGCAUGUGUGCAUUUGUGACUCAUUCAUGUCUAAGCCAUAGCUGUCAUAAUAUCUCUUUUUAAAUAGGUUUGUUGACAACAGCUCUGAUGAGGAUUCCAUAACCAAUACAACUAAUGUAAAAUACCUGGUAUCAACUAGGCCACAGAUGUCUUUUACGUGUCGUUUUCGCCGUGCAUUUAUUACUGUAACAUGUAAAUCGUUAAUUCUGCUUUUGGGUGAGUUUUUCCCCCUGUCAGUUUAUUUUAAUACUUGUAUUUCUCUAGGGAAACUGCGAGAAUGAUGUUACCAGACAAGUGCUUAAGAUUUUGUAAUCUACUUCAUAGUAGAUUAGGCUAUGGGAAAGAGGAGAAAAUAGGCAACCACUUUCUAAAAAAAAUGUGUAGGCAGGACAUGUUGGCAACAUCAAAAUUCUGUAGUGCAAGAAACAGUCUUUAUCUUCUCUUCACUUACAAUGAGAUCUUAGCAAAGUCUGUCCCUUUCUCAAGAAAGAAGCACUAAAAACUCUACAGGCAUUCUCACCUUGUAUAAAAAAUUGUUACUGUUCCUAUAGUUUAGUAAAAAUUAUUCAUCAACAUUUAGUAUAAAGCAGAGGUGGGAAACCUCCAGACAUUGCUGGAUUGCAGCUUCCAUUGUCCCUGGUAAUUGACAGUACUGAGGAUGAUGGGAGUUCUAGUCCAGCAACAUCUGGAAGGCCACAGGUUACCUGCCCCGGGUAAAAAUAUUCUUCAUAAAAGAUACUAAGGAGUAGAUGGAAGUAGUAGAUGAAUGAUGUUCCUCCUUAAAUACCUUUAAAAUGUUAGUUUUGUGUAAAAUAUGUCGACUGCAUAAUGACAGCCAGUGAUUUUUUAAAUAAAAUUUGGAUUAUUUAGCUAAGAAAAUCUUUCUGUUUGGCACAGGUAUAGGAAUGGCUUGGGGAGUCUUAAGGUAUAUGAAAUACCGAUGGUCUAAGGAAGAGGAAGAGACCAGACAGAUGUAUGAUAUGGUUGUAAAAAUUAUAGGUAAGUUUUAGCUAAAUUUCGCAGUGGCUGGACUCAAACACAAUACUAAACUUUGGGUGUGGGUGUGUGAAUGAAUGUGAGCCACAGACUCUCUCUCAUUCUCCUUUCUCCAGUUCAGCUGCAAGCAGACAAGAAACUCUUGCUUUCAUUUUCGGUAAACUGCAGUUAAAUUUUACUUCUGAACCCUAAGCAGUGGUUAGCUUAACUAUGGUGUGGGGAAUAGAAUAAUAGAAUCAUCGAAUUUGUAGAGUUGGAAGGGACCGUGAAAGUCAUCUAGUCUAACCCCCUGUAAUGCAGGAAUCUCAACACCCAGUUCCCUGAAGCAGGCCAACUCCAUUAAAAAGCAGGGUUGAAGUUAGCUUUUUCAUUAUACCAUAGUUAAGACUAACUACCAUUUGCCUGGGUUCAGAAAUCCUGGUAAAAUGCUGUUAGUUAAAAAUCGAAGUGAAAGCUUCUGAUUUUCUCUUUGAGAUGGAGUAGAGGGAAGCAAGGAGCUGAUGAAGUGUAGGCUUGUGUUCAUAAUGCUAAUCCAUAGUCUAGCAUUACAUGUGAAUGAAGUCAGCGUCUCUCCAGAUGACCCUUUCAAGUGAAUCUGCGUCAUUUUCAGUUUUGUGUACUGUAUUGAGAAAUUAAAUGAUAUUCAAGGAUGGAAAAUGGAGAGUAUUUCAUGCUGGAAGAUCUUUGAAUAGCUGAUUAUGCUGUCUUCUGAUAUAUAUCUUAAAUGUAAGAGGGGCAGUAUCUUGAAACAUUUUUUCUUUAAAUACUAUAAUUUGUAAAUGUGAUGGAUUCCAGUUCAGAUUUUACAGUAUUGUUAACUUGGUGCAAUUAUUUCAGAUGUUUUAAGAAGCCACAAUGAAGCAUGCCAGGAAAACAAAGACUUGCAGCCAUAUAUGCCUAUUCCACAUGUACGAGAUUCCUUGAUUCCUCCUCAAAACAGGCAUGUACAAGUUACAUUAUAGUUACAUUAUAGUCAGUUUAUACUGAUGCAUGUUCUGUUUUGCCUUCAGUGGGAGAUGUACACCACACUAAUAAGUAACUUUGCUUUCGUAACUUUUGAAAACUUUUUUUGGGUUUGUUUUUAAAUAUAGGAAAAAAAUGAAAAAAGUAUGGAACCGAUCUGUUGAUUUCCUUGCUGCUAAUGAAUCUAGAGUUCGCACAGAAACACGAAGAAUAGGUGGUGCUGACUUCCUGGUUUGGAGAUGGAUACAGCCAUCUGCACCAUGUGAUAAAAUAUUAGUUAUACCAUCUAAAGUAUGGCAAGGGCAAGGUAUGUAACUGUUUAUUUAUACAUCCCUUCAGUCUGCAUUUACUCUAGCUGAGGUCUGUUACCAUAUUAAACUAAGUUUAAUACAACUUAAUUGUAGUCAGAAAAUUGUGCUUUAAACAGAAUUUCUUUAUCAUUUCUUCUUGCAACAUCUAUAGCUAUGUACGUUCUUUCUAAUACAAGCGACUUGUACAGUUAUAAAAAGUGAACUCUUAUCCCUCAGGGCUGUUCCUUGGCUUUUGAAAUCUUUUUGUCUCAUGUGCUCUAAAAGUUAGUUUAUCAGAUUCCUACCAUGAAAGCUAGUAGUUGACCCCACACAUAAUGCACACACAUGUAUGCUUUUAUAACUUGUGUAAUCUACAGGAAACUGAUUAAUAUUUGAAAUAAGUGGACUAGAAUCAAAUCCUAUUUGUUGAUUGAACUUUUUCCCCCUUGGCAGCGUUCCAUUUAGAUAGAAGAAAUUCACCACCAAAUAGUUUGACACCAUGCCUAAAAAUCCGCAAUAUGUUUGAUCCUGUCAUGUAAGUACUUUUUUUAAUUCACUGCGAAUAGAAAACAUUGAGUUUAUGUUUUGUCUUGACAGUACAGAUGCAGAAGGAAUACAAAUUCAUUAUUACUGUCUUAGCUGGUAUAAUGACACUGGGCAGCUGGAGAGGGAGACAUAAGAACAAAUUGCCUGAAUACUGUUUUCAUUUUUAACUUCAUGUGAUGACCCAAGCAACUAGGGCUUUCUCUUUGUUGAGAAUCAGCCUUUUACUCUGACUCUUCCACUAUUCAUAACCUUAUAUUUUUAAUGCAUAUUCAUUUCAGAGAAGUUCUGUUCCAAGGAAGUCAGUACUUGUAGACCUAUAGGCCAUAUUUGCAUGGAUUGCUAAACCAGGGGUGGGGAAUAUUUUGAUCCUUGUUGGACAAUAAUUCCCAUAAUCCCUAACCACUUAUGUGAUGCUUGCUAGCGUUCAUGGGAAUGGGACUCCAACAACCUUUAAAUGUCCACAGGUUAACCAUCUCGAUCUAGAGAAAAUGUUUAUUUCUGUGUUUCCUAAUAAGUUUGUAUCGUUAUUUUUUUUAACAAAAAACAAAAUACUAAUAAUGAUGUGCAAGUUUUGUUUUAUGUGUGUGUAUUUUAGGGAAAUAGGUGACCACUGGCAUUUGGCAAUUCAAGAAGCGAUCUUGGAAAAAUGCAGUGAUAAUGAGGGAAUUGUCCACAUAGCAGUAGACAAAAAUUCACGUGAGGUAAAAAAAAUGAUUGAAAGUCGAUAGUUAGUAUACUCAGUUUCUCUAUUUGAUACAAAUCAAAGCUUUAUUUCUCUCCUCAGGGUUGUGUAUAUGUCAAAUGUUUAUCUCCAGAAUAUGCUGGAAAGGCUUUUAAAGCAUUACAUGGAUCUUGGUUUGAUGGUAAGUUGUUCUGAUUUACAAUUAAUUUAGCAAGUUGUAGUUGGCUAUACAUCAGUCUCAACAGCAAGAGUGACUAGCUUCUAGAUAAAAGUAUUGCAUGUCAAAGUAUUCAUCUCAGUUAUAUGCGCAAAUCAUAUAAAAAUUCAAAAUCUUAACAUUCUGAACUUUCUUUACUAUAGGGAAACUGGUAACUGUAAAAUAUUUACGGCUAGAUCGAUAUCAUCAUCGUUUUCCCCAGGCUAUUACUUGCAAUGCUCCAUUGAAGCCAUCAAAUACACGCAUGAACUCAAUGUCACAUCUUCGUCUCCGAACAGGCACAACUAACUCUCAGGGAAACUCCUGAGACAUCUUACUGCUACCAGAACUGUUGACUUGCAGCAGGAAAAAUUCCUGUCUGGUCCCGUCUUCCACUUUUAGUACUUUUUGUAUGUAACAUUUUCAUUAAUCAAUGUUCCAGAGGUCUCAUUUUUCAGGAUUUCUGAGCAAUGAGGCAGUAAUACUGAACAAUUGCUCUAUGAAGUGUUUUGGAGCUCAAGCAAACAAACACAUUAAGUUUUGCAUGACAGAUGUUGAAUUUAUUAAACAUUCUCAGAUGUGGCUGUAUUUUUGCACCAACAAGUGUUUGAUAACAGUCUAAAAGCAUGGAGAUGUACUGUAUUUCCAUAGUUCCUGUGAAAUAAUCUUGUGGGUAUUUUGUAACACAACCACCUACAGUUUCUGAUGGCAAGUAAGUAGAAGUGUUAGUUUCUGUCUGGUUUUUGGCUUCUGUUGCUGUAAAAGCUUCAUCCGUGUCUGCCUAAGGAUGAGAAAGGAAUUAUGUCUUGGUAAUUGCUCAGAGAAAACAAACUGAAUACAGGUUUACUGGUUUUGUAUAUAAAUGUAGAUGCUGGUGGUGGAGGCAGCAAAAGUAAUCUUGUUUUGUGAGGAUGUCUGCAUUAAAGCAGUGAAUAAGCUUCCUAUUUUAUUCAUAACCUAAUGUUUUCUAUGUUUUGGCUGUACCAUUACAUAAAGGCCAAACACCUUGAAGUAUUAGAUACAAGUUAAAUAUCUUUUAUAGGUUUUAUAUUAAAAUAUAUGGUUAUGAUUUUUGUGUGAAUGGUCUGAUAUUGUAACUGUGAUAAUGGAUUCAAAAUUAUGUGAGCAAUAAAGACGCAAUUGGCAGGUACUCAAACACUUUGUGAAAAGCUGUUAUUUAUUACGAGGAGAAGCUCUGACAAAAUUGACCACUGGGGAAUAUACUUUCCUAUAUGGUUUUGCUACCUAGGCAUGUGUGAAAUUAAACAGAUGCACAUAUUUUUGGAAACAAAAAUCUUGAUUGUUAGAGCUUAGAAGUGCAGAACACUUACAGCAAGAAUUUAUGUUCAAUAUUAAAUGUGUGCAUUGUUUACACCUAAAACUACAAAAAUGUUGACCUUUAGUUGAAAAUAUCAAAUAAUUGGAUUCAGUAAUUCCUGUUGAAGCAGCAUAAUUUGUCAAUCCACCUGGAUAUUGCAUAAGUGAAGAGAUGGGAAACCAGCCAGUUUAAAAUACAUUUAUUAAAGCCCAGUUUCUAUUGUAGAUAUGGAUCUGCAGCAUGAACUUGCACAAAUGCACGUUUUCUUAUGGUUAAGUGAACAUGAUGCACACUUCUGUAACAGAAAAUCCUAUUGUGCCUUACCUUUGUGCUUUUUUGUGGGCAACAUGUUUAAUAAUGAUGGACGGUUUCUUAUCUUUGAAAAAAACUUGGUCUAUGUCCUGGAUGCUAAUGAACAAGUAUAUGUAAUAUAAUCAGCCAUGCAAAAUUCUACUCACCAAGAACAAGUACAUAUUUUUGACCAGCGAGUAGAUUUUUGUCAAGUCUGGUAAAUUUUUCAUGAGAUUUACUAUAUACAUAUACAAAUAUGUACAAUAUAUAUGUAUAUGUAUUAUAUGUAUAUAAUCAGAUUUUGCUGUAUUUGUGCAUCAUAGUGAUUUAUUGAGCUGAGUAACCAUCUUGUGACCUGUUGCAAGUGUGAAUGUAAAAUUUAGUUGUGGCAGUUUAAAAGGUUGCCUUUUGAUGCAGUCGCAUCGUUCUUGCUUCUAAACUAUUUGUAAACACACUGUACAUUUAUUAUAGUAAUCUGUACUAUUAUGCAGCUUAUUUUACCUUUAAAAUGUUGACCAAUGUUCCUCCCUGCAAGACAGAUGGGAAUGUGUAUAAUACCUUGGACAUUUGAGAAAAAUCAGAUGUUUGUAAUUUGUAAUUUGUCCUGUAAAAACACAAAAGCAAAACUAAACUAAUUAAAGAUUUAUUAGGGCUUUUUA